GAUAUUGUCUCAUGCAUGACACAACAGUCACAAAUUUUUCCUUGCAUAGAAACCAGACGUUCGUCGGCGAUGUAAUGAGUCAUACAGAAGGCAAUUGUCAGUGAUCUAAGCCGGUGACAGUCAUUCUCUGACCAUCAACUCAGAAUGGCUAGUUCGCCGAACUUACAUCCUAUUAAAUUCACAAAGAUCCCCGAAACGUCGAAUGGCGACGACGACAUUUCACAGCUGUUUCAGAACACCAAAGACGACAUGCGUUCAGAAAGACGAAACGAACGAUCGGUAACGUGGCCCUCUUGGUUUGGGGACCCUGAACUCAUUGUGUACAAACUGUUUUACUUGUUCUUUCACGCAGCUACGGCGUUGUUUGCCUAUCUACCCCUGUACUACAAGAAAUCGUUGUUAUUGGAUCAUCAUCACGUUGGUAUAUUGAUGGGAAUCAGGCCGUUUUGCGGCUUUUUUGGUGCUCCAGUUCUCGGCAGCUUCGCUGAUAAAUUCAACAAGUACAAAUCUAUUUUAUACACGGGUCUUUUAACAUACGUUGCUGUUUAUUUAUCAAUAACUUUCGUAAACGGAGUACCGAAAGACUGUGGCGUUCACAUGAGAGUAAACCAUACGAAUUCAACGCCAACGUCGCAAGCAAAUAGGAAUUUAAUGGCGUUAUCAGUGUCACCGAAUGCUGAAACCAGUCAAACGCAAGGACGAUCAUUAAAAGUGCUGAAUAGCCAAGGACAGUUUGCCGAGCAUUUAUCGCGUUUAAUUAAUCGACGGAAUGAUCAUAUACUACACAAUGAACAGUCUAGAACUUCGUCAUAUUCAGAACAAACAGCCGAAGAGAGACUUUCAGAAAAGCCGGCAUACUUAAGCGAAGAUACGAAGCAUUUGCCUCGCGGAGGAGUUGUUUUCAAGGACAAGUUAAAACCGGAUCAAGUUAACAAUAUGAACGGUGAGCUGAAACUCGGAGGUAGGGGAUUCAUUCUGGUCACUGUGGACAACUUAACAAAGGAAACAGGCGAAUAUAACCAAUAUUGGGAAUAUGCUCCUGAAACCGCAGGCGAGGACACAUGGCCUAUCGAUAUCUACCGGAAAGAACCGCCUAUUAGCAGCCACGAAGAAGACGAAAAAAUUCGAGAACACAUCUUUUUUAUCCUGCUGCUUUUAAUGCUCACGGCUGAAUUGAUUGGUGCUCCCAUUCUUAGUCUUGCUGAUACGGCCACUCUUCAAACUUUAAAGAAACAGCCAUACAGAUACGGUCGCCAAGUGGUUUCAGCCGCGGUCGGAUUUGGAUUCAUGUCCAUUAUCACUGGAAGUGUUUUGCACUAUACUGUUACAAAGAAGGACGAAAUCAAUAAUUGUCCGGAGAAAAUGGGAGAAUGGUAUAAACCUGUGUUUUACAGCUGCUGUGCGCUGUUGCUUGCUGCUUUUUUCACGACUUUUAAGUUCAAAUUUCGAACCUACGAAAAAAAAGAAAGUGACUACUGCUCUUUUUUUCAUUGCCUCAAAUGUUUCAAUAACAUUGAGUACUUUUUGUUCGCCUUUUUGGCCUUCUUCACAGGUCUAAGUGCCGGACUAAUAGAUUGCUUUCUGUUCGUGCAUUUGAUCCGCCUUGGUGCUACGCCAUUAGUCUUGGUUGUCACGACAACGGUUCAGAGUGUCUCCAAGGUGAUCUUCUUCUAUCUUUCACCGACACUAAUACUGAAGUACGGCUAUUUUCCCAUAAUUUAUGCUGGCAUGCUGACAAGUGUUGUCACGUUCUUGUAUUACUCAUUCUUGGUUUCGCCUUGGAUGGUUGUCCCAAUUGAACUUCUAUCCGGAAUAUCGUCCUCCUGCGUGUGGGCGGCGCUCGUCAGUUAUGUUGGAGCCCCGCCGAAGGUGGGCGCGACGCUACAGGGGAUUGUACAUUCACUUCACAUUGGUCUUGGACGGGGUAUUGGCGGGUUGUUUGGUGGAAUCAUACUACUUCACUACGGCUUUGAGAUCCUCUUUCGAUCGUUCAGCCUUGCUAUCGUGAUUGUUGUUGCAGUUGUUUCCUUGGUGCGCUAUCGUAUGAAAGAAGAAGUUGAACCGAUUUGGUCUAAGCUGUGGGAUUACUCGCCCAUAGCGCCUUAUGAAGAAUUCAGUGACGAAUAAUAACAUAUAUGAGCCUGCUUCAAGCUGGGCUUAAAUCGUUAGCCAAACUAACAGUGUGGCAAUCCAGAUUUAAAAUCUAGUAUUUAAAAUACUGUGAAUUUAGUUAUUUAAAUUAUUUGAAUUUUUUUAGUUAGAAAUGCUUCGACACAAAAAUCUGACAUGCAUAAUUUCUAGCGCCGAGGUUUUAGUAAUAACACGUAGGGAAAUUUUUGCAGAUGUGAUGAUUCAGUCUUGAAUCUCUUGUAAUUUUUUCCGGCUCUUGAAGUUGAAGUUGUACGAAGCUCUUAAGGUAGCUCUCUACAAUUUUAGGAAUAUUGAAAACCACGUGAUUUAGAUUUAAAAUUUUCGCAGGAUAUUUCUUGCU